AUGGCGAGGCUGCGGGAUUGCCUGCCCCGCCUGAGGUUCGCGAUCCGGUCCCUGCUCUUCUGGUCCCUGGUCUACGGCUACUGCGGGCUCUGCGCCUCCGUGCACCUGCUCAAACUUUUGUGGAGCGUCGGCAAGGGACCCGCGCAGACCUUCCGGCGGGGCGCGCGGGAGCACCCGCCCCGGUGCUUGAACGACCCCUCCCUGGGUACCCACUGCUACGUGCGCAUCAAGGAUUCUGGGUUAAGAUUUCAUUAUGUUGCUGCUGGAGAAAGAGGCAAACCACUUAUGCUGCUACUUCAUGGAUUUCCAGAAUUCUGGUAUUCUUGGCGUCACCAGCUAAGGGAGUUUAAAAGUGAAUACCGGGUUGUGGCGCUGGAUUUGAGAGGCUAUGGAGAAACAGACGCUCCCAUUCACCGAGAGAGUUAUAAACUGGACUGUCUAAUUACAGAUAUAAAGGACGUUUUAGACUCCUUAGGUUAUAGCAAAUGUGUUCUUAUUGGGCACGACUGGGGGGGCAUGAUUGCCUGGCUAAUUGCCAUCUGUUAUCCUGAAAUGGUGAUGAAGCUUAUUGUUAUUAACUUCCCUCAUCCAAAUGUAUUUACAGAAUAUAUUUUACGACACCCUACCCAGCUGUUCAAAUCCAGCUAUUAUUACUUCUUCCAAAUACCAUGGUUCCCAGAAUUUAUGUUCUCAAUAAAUGAUUUCAAGGCUUUGAAACAUCUGUUUACCAGUCGUCGCACUGGCAUUAGCAGAAAAGGAUGUCGAUUAACCACGGAAGAUCUUGAAGCUUAUAUUUAUGUUUUUUCCCAGCCUGGAGCAUUAAGUGGUCCAAUUAACCAUUACCGAAAUAUCUUCAGCUGCCUGCCUCUCAAACAUCACAUGGUGACCACUCCAACACUACUACUGUGGGGAGAGAAAGACGCAUUUAUGGAGGUUGAAAUGGCUGAAGUCACAAAGGUUUAUGUUAAAAACUAUUUCAGGCUAACUAUUUUGUCAGAAGCCAGUCAUUGGCUUCAGCAAGAACAACCUGACAUAGUGAACACAUUGAUAUGGACAUUUCUAAAAGAAGAAACCAGGAAAAAAGAUUGACUUGUCUUUAUCUGC